AUGGUCUUGAAACUCUACGGAUGGGGCCCUUCUACUUGCACUCGUCGUGUGCGCACAGUGCUUGAAGAGAAGGGCUUGGAGUAUGAGAUGCCUGCUCUCGACGUCCUUGCGGGUGCGCACAGGACUGACGAGUAUGCUGAGGAGUUUCACCCCUUCAAGAAGAUCCCAGUUUUGAUCGACACGGAGACUGGCAUCAAGGUCUACGAAAGCAGAGCCAUUGCCCAUUACAUCGCCAUCAAGUACCGUGACACUGGCAUCGACCUGUCUCCUCCCGAGUCUGACCUCAAGGCAUAUACCGAGUUCCAGCAGGCUCUUUCCAUUGAGCUUUCCUACUUCGACCCCAACACCACCAGAAUCACCUUCGAGAAGGUGUUCAAGAAGGCCUUAAACCUGGGACCCCCUGAUGAGGAUGUGGUUAAAGCCAAGCUCGAGGAUCUCGACAAGUCUCUUCAGGGCUACGAGCGUAUCCUUUCCAAGCAAAAGUAUCUCGCCGGAGACAACAUCACCCUCGCCGACCUGUUCCACUUGCCCUACGGAGACUCGUCAGAGCCUUUCGGCUUUAGUGAGCUUCUCGCCAAGUACCCAGCUACCGAGAAGUGGUGGAAUGGCCUGAAGGAGAGGGAGAGCUGGAAGAAGGUCAAUGUGAAGCCCGAAUAG